UCUAAUGAAAACAACGAAUGGUUAUCCGAGAGUGGAUCCAGCACGCGUUCGGUAACGUGUUUACCGCACGAUUCAAAGCUUCGCACCGAAUGUGUUCGCAUCCUCACAGUGAUCACUCACCCGUGAUAACCAGCCGCCCUUGAAAGGAUAAUAUCGUUUCAUGCCGGGAUACACAAAGAGAGUGUGUGCGCGCGCAAUAUCAUGUAGCAGUGUUCGUUAUCUUGUUCCACCUCCUGGAUAGUACUAGUUAGUUAUCUAUCGUUUCUUUUGUCGUGUAUAACGUCAAAUGCCAAGGUAGCAAAGUAGCCAUACAACGUCUACCUGUGUGAUCGGUGAACUGAUUUUCGAACAUCAUAAUACUUCAGUGUUCCUUCUAUUUCUGUCCGUUUUUCGUCAUCAUUGUACUUUUCUCUAAUUCCUUUCGGUGUUGUUGUACUCCGUGGUGCCCGAUGCUAGCGUACUGAAACGGGUGUGAACUGGCGAAAGCGAACGAAAGCAUUAACUUCUUUUCACUACGGCGCCAUCCGUGCCGUUUCCGGGGACCAGUCGUUCGCGGUGGGCUUCGGCGCCACACCGUGGAGGGCCACGGGUCCCCGCCACCGUCAGUACCUCCUUUCUGAGGUACGGGGAAGCUCGGUACGUCACCUCCCGUACAAAGUGAAGCCAGCCGGAAUUUAAACGUAGGUCUGUGCUUCGUUAUAAGUACCGCCCGAUCUGGGCAGUACGUAGGUGCUGGUAACGAAUACGGCACAACUACAAAACCCGGGUAGCUCGCAGAGUGCAGGCGACAAGAUGACCUGUACAAAAGCGACGACACGAGGACUGUCGCUCGAUCUCAGUUCGCCGUUUAGCCCGCACGUAUCGGAUCUACGCAGCCCGGAGGAUAUAAAUUUAAACCUUUACAACUUCGACAAAGUAGACGCUCUCAAUUGCCCAUAUGUCUUAACGAGUCCACGCUCGCUUGAAGCCUGUGCCAACCUCGGAAUCAAACCGGUCGAGCUUUUGUCUAAAAGCUUCGAAGAGUUUCGCGACGAACUGCCCAGUUAUACGCCGUUCGAAGAAGUCAAACACCUCUAUAAAUUAUUCGAAAUUCAGAGAACGAAGAAACUGGAACGAUGUCGAAAGGAGCGUGAAUAUAUCCUGAACAUGGAACGGCUGAAGAGGCACCGAUCACAGUCUGUAUCUCCUGGGCGACGACGAAAUCGGGUAGAUAUGCCUAUCCUCGAGGUUGUCCUUUCCGGGAGCUCCGAUGAGGAAAAGGAAAGUAGUGCGUCACAUACAGAAGCCCAAACCCCUGAGACGCCUCCGCAGGUUUCUACCCCUGGGGGUGACUCCCACACGACGGCGGAAAGCUUGGAUCACGACAUUUUGAGUGUGGAGGACGAGAUGGUGAACCGGCCAAGUGGAAGUCUUCCACGUAGUAAAAGUACCCCAGCAUCACCGUUCCAUAAAGCACAAAGUCUACAAGUGGGUUGUCUUCUUCCGUUAGCUUCGUCAAAGAUCAUCUCCCGUCUCGACGAUAGCAAUCUGACCCGCUCGACUAAAGUUAAAUUACCCCCUAAAGAUAUUCGUCUACUUGAAAUGAUGGUGAAACGACGAGAGGCCGAACUAGAGGCAGAAGAACGCCGGCGACGAGCACAUGAAGAAUGGGAGCGCGAGCGGGAAGAGCUUCGGCGAAGACGAGAAGAAGCUCUCAAAACAAGAAGCCUCAAACGGGUCAAAGACAAGGGCAAAGCUGAUCAACAAAAUAGCACUACUGAUAAACGCAUGUACAAAUCGCAGCCGACGACACCCGAUUGGGUCGCUAGCGAAUGCACUUCAUCAAGAACCUCAAGGGAAAACCUGGCCCAAGGGAGCAAGAACGAUGCCAAAGGAGAUACGGUUAUGGGCCGAGGCCAACGAAAGACGCCUCCGCGACCUGGCGAGCUAAGUGAGCGUAUCGCAAAGAUGCAUUUGCAGUUACAGUUGCAACACAAUCCCUCAGGACGACAGGGUCCUACAAAAAGCGCUACUGACGAGCGGUUGCGAGCCGCUGGUGAGCGCGUACGAAAUCGGGUGCAGGAGUUAGAGGCGAAGAUUCGGGAAAAGGAAGAGCGAGCUCAGGAGAGAGUUCGAAUUCGACGGAACGAACGUGAACAGGAAAUGCAGCGAAGCUCAGAGCAACAUCACGGACGAAUCAUUGUGGCGAGGAAGAAUCAAAAAGAACUCGAUGCAGCUCUCGAUAUGUGGCGAUGCAAGGUCAGCGAAUACCAAGUUGCGUCAAACGCGCGGGCGCAAGAGAGGGUUAAAGAACUUCUAGAAGAAAAAAAACGGCGUGCACAAAGGGAUCGCGAGGGUCGAGAAAAGAGCUUCCGCAAAGGCCUGGAGCGAGUGACUGUGUUAGAGGGUGAAAGGUUAACACAAAUGAUCCAACGACUUCGCCAAAAGGAGGAGCGAGCUCGACAGUUUACCACAGAAAAACAGGCGUUUAUUGACCAGUCACGGGCACUAGCCAAAGCAUCAUCGGACCUUCGUGAACAAUUAAAGCUAAAGACACAACUAGUCGGGCACGCAGGAAGUCAACAUGGAAGCCAUGGUCGCGACAAGGUUCCUAGACGGCGGCGCGGGAGCAGUUCUACAAGAUCGGGCACUUCUACAUGCGACUCCACGUCGCGCAGUCAAGUAACGACGGAAGCACGGCCUCUGGCGGCGCCUGCCGACACCGAUUCAUGAACCGUCAAUGGUUUAUCCCUGUAGUACCAACACGGAAAAUACGUUCAGCUCACGCCAUCGGGGCCUGACACCAAUGCGAACAGCCCAGUCAUUGAGCUGCGAAACGAAUCGUGCCGCUGUUGGCCUACCGUGCUUAGUACAUCGCUACUCGGGCUAUAGAGAACGACGUGUUUUAGCUUUCGUCGUCUGCUAUCUGUAGAAUGCUGUACAAGCUGAUACUCAGCAGCGGCUGUCUUAAGAGCGCCCACUUCGUACCAACAACCGCUGCGGGAUAAGCACGGAUAAAGAAAAUCGCAGUGAACUAUGCCAUAGAAGUGUUACAAGCAUGUAUCAACUUCCCUAGUGAUUGUCCAACGCGAUGAAUCAUCUAGCUCAACAAAAAAAAAAAA